UCUUUCUUAAAAGCAAGUUUGAACUUUUCUAGAUAGUCUUUGUUUUUUACAGGUUACCAUAAAGAAUCCCAAUCCAGGAGAAGAUAAAUUAAUUGAAUUAUUAACUUUUCCCAUGUUGUGAAGAUUUUCCGUGGCUAUUUCAGCACAAGGCAGGCACUCCUGAGUAGGACAGAACAUUAGAGGUGUAACAGGUUGUGCUAGUGUGGAGGACAGCAGUAUAUGCUGCCUCUACAGCAGCACUUGCAAUACAAAACCAUCGAACAGGGAGUCACAUCAAGUGUUGCUGACAGGAGCUAAGCCCCUAAAUGAAUUCGGGUGGUUCGUCUGUCAGUUGGUAUUGUGGAAUUCCUUGACAAAGGAUUUAGAAGCAAAACAAUUUCAGAGAGACACUGAAGGAUCGAAGGAAAGUGCUGCUCAGGUUUACCAACAGCCAAAGCAUGCUAGGGCAGAGGAAUCCUCAAACCAGCAGUAACUGGAAGCAGAGAGCUCUUGGCAGAGGCACGUGCCCUGCGCACACAGAUCUUCCUGUGGCAUGUGUUUAUCCCUGCUUUGGGUGACAGUAGGCUGAUUCUUUGGUCUGAACAACUGUGGUUAUCUUAUUGCCUCCUAAUAUUUCCUUGAUACCCAGGAAGGGUGAACAGAUCACUGGGAAUCUCUGUUUUUCAAUAACUUUCAAAGUUCAGGGAUCUAUCCUAUUAUUAAAUUUUGGUCAAAGAAAUUAGUCUGUUCUAAAGCUCUGGGCCGAGAGAAUGACAGGAAGGCAAAUUAGCCAUCAUCUUGUAGGAAAUAAAAGCAUUAUGAGGUCUCUCACAAAAGCAGGAGUCCUAUAUUUGAGAUGGGAAAUAAGAAUCUUUCAAAAUUGAAGUGUCUGAAGGAUAGAAAAGUCUUCCUUUGGCUUUGGGGCUUUGUAUGACCAAAGGUGGCGGCACGUUUUUGGGGCUUUUUUAUUCCCUGUGAUUUUAACAUACUGAUUCUUCAGUUGCUGCAGUUUGGAAGGAAUUUCCAUUUUACAUUGGUCUUAAUAUGUCUUAGCUCCACUCUCCUUCAUUCAGUAACUAACACCGUGUCAUGUAGUGCACGUUACUAGAGAGAAAACCAAUGGCAAAAGCUCAGCACACCUUUGUCGGAACACUGACUUCAGGUUUUUGUAGGAAGUAUAGAAGCUUUUCCCUGAGUCAGUGGUCUUUUUGGGUUGGCCUUCUAAUUCUGUUGUGCCUUUGAUUUAAGAGAAACAGGUAUCCUAAACUUCCUCUAGAGCACACACAAAACCCAGUGAUUCUAAAUUUGGUGCAGUUAAGUGAGUCCUUUCAUUGUUGAGUUGCUGAAUUGUGUUUAUUCAAGCUUUUUUAUUCUCUUUUCUAUUUUGAAUUUUAGAAUUUUCCAGCAUGUCUUCCCUAACAGAAAAGGACAGACCAAUUGUUCAGCUGUUGCUGAACGCUGGCACUUGCCCACGGUGUAUUUUAAGGUUCUGCAGCGUGGGAUCACAGAUGCUUUAUAGACAUCCAUACAAGGAUUUGAUGAAGGUUUUAAAAGAAUUUCUGAAAAAUGAUCCAGAAAAAGAAGAUACAGUUUGUUUUGAUGUAGUUGAUCCCCCGUGUAAGAGAAUCAGACUUGAACACCGUGAAGAAGGGCCCGAGGAUCUGAACCACAAUGGAGCGCUCCAGCAGAUUCCUCAGGUUAAUGAUGAAAAUACUGCAGUGGAGAACUCGGCUGUGAAGGUUUGCAAUGUGUGUUUGGGAAUUCUUCAGGAGUUUUGUGAGGCUGACUUUGUUAAAAAGGUGUGCCAAAAGGUUAAUUCUGCUGAUUACCAAUUCACUAGUUUUGUAUUUUCUGUGUCACUACCCCCACAGCUGUCUGUUAGGGAGCGUGCUGCUUGGCUGGUGUUAAAACAGGAAAUGAGAGCCACAGCCUGUCCAGACUGUUUCAAACCAGCGAAGAACAAACAGUCUGUUUUCACUAGAAUGGCAGUUAUAAAAGCCCUAGAGAAGAUAAAAGAAGAGGAUUUUCUCAAGCAUUUUCCAUGUCCCCCAAAUUCACCAAAGAACGUCUGUGUUGCUCUGGAAAUUCAGUGCAAUAAUGGUGCAGUUUUUGUGGCUGGAAGAUACAACAAAUACUCAAGGAAUUUACCUCAGACUCCGUGGAUUAUUGAUGGGGAGCGGAAGCUGGAAUCCUCAGUGGAAGAGCUGAUUUCAGAGCACCUAAUGGCAGAAUUCAAAGCAGAUAGCUUUAAUUUUUCUUCCUCUGGAAGAGAAGAUGUGGAUGUAAGAACACUAGGCAAUGGAAGGCCCUUUGCAAUUGAGCUUGUGAAUCCUCAUAGAAUACAUUUUACUGCUGAGGAAAUGAAGAGGCUUCAGCAGACAAUUAAUACCUCUUCAGACAAAAUACAGGUUCGAGAUUUACAGCUUGUCACCAGAGAGGCAAUUGGUCGUAUGAAGGAAGGUGAAGAGGAGAAGACAAAGACCUACAGUGCCUUAAUAUGGACAGACAAAGCAAUACAGAAAGAAGAUAUUGCAUUUCUAGAUGAUAUCAAGGAGUUAAAACUCGACCAGAAGACCCCUCUGCGAGUGCUUCACAGGAGGCCUCUUGCUGUAAGAUGUAGGAUCAUUCACACCAUGAGGUCUGAGUACAUAGACGAGCAUCAUUUUCGCCUGCACCUGAAGACUCAGGCAGGAACCUACAUUAAAGAAUUUGUGCACGGAGACUUUGGAAGAACAAAGCCCAAUAUUGGCUCCCUGCUGAACCGAACUGCUGACAUUCUGGAGCUGGAUGUAGAAUCUGUUGAUGUUGACUGGCCUCCAACCUUGGAUAAUUAACUUCUCAAGCUGGGAUGAGGAAGAAGCAGCUCUGCUGUCAGCAGCUGGUUACUGAGCACUGUACAGUAUUAGAGCCUGGUUGCAAACUGAUUUCUGUUGCACAUUUGGAUCAUGUUGAUCUGCCAAAGGAUACUGUUACUUUGAAUCAACUUUAAACACUCUGGACAGGUAGUGUUGGUUCAGUCUCUAGCCUUACUUUAAUCGCCUCAGUGGAUAAAAGGAUUUUGGUAAGUUACUGUAUUGAUACUAUGUCUUUUUAAAGGAACACAGUGUAACAUGUGCAAAGGGGGUACUCAGCGAGUACAUCAAAUAGCCAUUCUGCAAUAGAUUAAAAUGUUUUCAUUAAAAACAACCCUCCCUCAA